AUCAUGGUUGCAAUACGCGUUGACGAAGAGUGUCAGAAAAUUUUUGAUGCAUAUCGAAUUUCACUGAACCCGCUUUCAUCUAAUGAAGAAAAACAGCAAGCGUUCCAUUUUCUUGAGUCGUUCAAAAGCAAACCCGAACAAUGCUUUUCUAUCGGUUCAGUGUUAGUGUCAUCAGAUGAUCUGUACAAGAAACUUUUAGGGUUUGAGCUGUUAAUUUGUUUUGUUCAAGAAGGAUGGGCUAGGAACGAUUGGGACAGUGCCUCCCUCAAAGCAAAGUUUAAAUGGGAAAUUAUCCUCUUCGUUCAAAAUUACAACAAUCAGUUCCACGAUGAUCAUUUGAUUCAAAACUCGAUUUCGAAGCUGUUUUCAAUGGUUUUUCUGCACGAAUUUCCUCAAAAAUGGCCAGAUGUUCUUCCCACUUUGUAUGAAACUAUGACUGUUUCUAAAGAAAAGAAGUUGCUUGUUUUUUCAAUAUUUCAACGGGUUGCCGAAGAACUUAUUAACUCACCGCAUAAAUCGAUUCCUGUGAGUCGAACUAAAGACAUCCGCCAAUACUUAACCAGGAUGCCGAACCUUGAGCCCAUGUUCAAGUGCUGUCACGAUGACUUCGCUGCUUCACUUCUUCGUAAAGAGCAAAAUGUGCAAAUUGAAGAUGUUCGUGUGAGUCAAGCUUUACUAGCAUGCCUUAAUGAGUUAAUUGGUUGGGUACCGCUAGAGCUAAUAACAAAAUAUGGCCUGAGAGAGCAGCUUCUAAACUUUCUCAAUGACUGUAAUUUUCGUCUUCUGGCAGCUGACUGCAUCAUUUCACUUCUACAACGAAAAGGCUGUGAUAUAACAGAGAGGGCGUUGGCCAUUUCAUUUUUCAAACAAACUUCUUUACAAUACUUAAAUUCAGCAGUAGAGCCACUCAAGCAAGCGACAGUGAGUGAAAAUGGCUACACUUUCCUGAAAAAAAUGAUGGAGCUCUAUUCAGCGAUGAACGAUUAUUACUCUAUGGUGCAAAACAAGUUCGUAGAUGAACUAAACUCAGUCCGUUCCGAGGAAUAUAGUCAAUAUUUGAGUAAUAUGUUCUCUCUGUCCAAUUUUUCCAGUCAUUUUUUGCAUUUAGAAGUAUUAAAUAUCUUUGUGGCAAAUGUGAAAACAGCGUCCAAGAACCCCUACUGUUCGAUGUAUGCUUUACAUGCGAAAAAAGUGUAUGACAUGGCCUUGUUCGCGUUGACUAAAGUUGGGUUCCCUUCGAAGAUGAACCAUGCUAGCUGUUGGUACACAGUGAUUGAUUUCGGAGAUGACUUGGAGUUUGGCUCUUUUAUUGGACAGUUACGUUCUUGUGGAUGUGAAUCUGUACGCAGCCUGUAUGAGUUGAGUCCUAAGAUGCUGGCAGAUAUAGUCAUCGAGGAUUUCACAACAUCUGCUAACAAGUGGUGUUUUAGUGCGGAAAAAGACCCUUUAGAGCACCAUUUUCUCGAGGCAAAAUCACUAGCUUUUUGUACGUUUUUGGCGAAAAUUCCAUUGGAUAAAGACAAAAAUCCCAACUUCGAAUUACAUUUGCAAAAGGUUUUCACUUUCUGUCUAGAUGCAUGUGAAAAGGAAAAGAAUGUGGUGGUUUUAAAUGCUCUUCUGUCUGUAGUAUCUGCGUUGUUUCAUUACUGGUUUCAAAGCCAAGAAGUUUUUGUCCGUGUGAUUAAACUUCUGUUCAGUUCAAUGCAGCGCGAAGAAUUUGAAAACAGUGAACAGGACAGGAAAGCGCAUGUGGUACAUAGACAUGCCUCAUCUUUGUUUUUGUCAAAAGUCAUGGAACAUCAUGAGUUAUUUAUCCCGUUUUAUAAUGACUUCUAUCCGAUUCUGACGUCAUUUUUGUUUGAAAAAUCCCUAGACAAAGCCUGUAGAUCUUGUAUUUUGGAGUCUCUUGUUAUUCUGACAAGCUAUACAGAAGAUCCUCUAAGAUCGGAAACGCUGAAAAGUGUUUUCUUAUUUGCGUUUGAAGAACUGAGUGCAAUUGUUUCAGUUCGUUUCAUAAGUAUUGACGCUUUCAUGGACUUGCUGAGUUUGCGAAAUUUUAGUGGUGAAAAGAUUGUAAAUUGGGAAGAUAUGAUGACUCUCAAAUUCUGCAGCUGCUGUAUUGGUGGUUUUAUAAGGCGCAUUGUAAAUUGUCUAGAACAGCGAAAAGAAUCAGAAUCUUCUAAAAAUGUUCCCCAAGUUCCUGACAAGGAAGCGUUUAUAACAUUCGCAUCUCAAACAGCAAUGCUAGCUGCUCCGAUAGUAAUGAAUAUGCUCUGUCGUUUUCAUGAAUUACACAAUCCUGAAGUUAAAGCCUCGUUUUGUAAGGAUCUGAAAGAUGCCUUAGAGAUGAGUAUGGCUGAAAGAAAAAAUAUACUUGGUGUCCAAAGCGCAGUUGUUGAAGCUUUUGAGAAUAUUGAAAAGCAGCCUCUUGAUAAGUUACAAACGUACCUCAAAGAUCUACAUAAUACAUUGCUUCAAUUUUUGUGUGGCUGUACACUGCUUCUCAUGUUAGAAAAGAAAUGCAAUUUUGAAAUGAUUGAAAAAAUGCUGAAUGUUGCCUUUUACAACUUCGACAAGGUAUCGAAUACGUAUAUUGCAUCCAGUAUCAAAUUCUUUUUGAUACCGAUUAAAGAUAAGUGUCCUGAAAAUUUACACGGAACCGUUCUGAUUCCAAUUUUUAACUUUGUUUUUCCCAAAAUUUUUCGGCGCCUUUCAAAUGACUGGACGGUAUUAACGAGUAGACCUGAUUUAGUUUUACCCGGACAAAAUGGUGAUCAAGAUGAAGAGAUCCUGGAAGACUUGUUUUUGAGGCGUAACAGUCGUUCAAUGAUAUCGAUAAUUGAAUCUUCCUGUAUAGUCCUAAAUAAAGGAACCGAUAAUCAAGUAGACGAGGAUAACAACGAUUCUGAAAUGAAAGACGUCGCUCCACGCGCCACGCCGACAUCGCUUAAACCUCGCGAAGAGUUGAAGAACUUUGCUCAUCUUCUGAUUAAGAAUGAGUCUCUUUACGAGACGGUAUUACUUAUCCUUGUCAAUGCUUUUGUAUGGCCAGAUACACAUUGCUGUAGCAAAGCUGUCAGAUUGUUCUGGGCCAUAUUUCAGCCCAUGAUUGAGCAAGGAACUACAGAUAGCAUUAUUGGGCUCAUUUUUACUCAGUUACUAAAAGGCUACCAAGUGCACGAGUACUCAAACUCGUCCAGUGCUCAUUUAGCCGCUUUGAUAUUUAAGUUUUUUGUCACUUUGCGUCCGAAACACGAAGUGCUGCGCAAGAUUCUGAGUCAAGUUCCAGAAGUUAAUACACACGUUUUAGAUGAAUUUGAAAGUCGAGUGUUCGAAACUUACAGUAGUCCUGGAAAAGACAUGCCCGUUGAGAAGAAGACGAAAGAUAUAAUGAGGAAGCUCUUAAAGGGUAUUGUGGGCAGACCAGUUAGUGUGUUGUACCAGAAGAAAAUUCAAGUGAAUGAGUUGCCCAAGUUACCGAGAGCUGUGAAAACAGAAAGCGAAACUGAAGAGCAUUUUGAGACGAAUAGUCUUUACCAAUUCUUCUAGAUGAACCAAGAAAAAAAGAAUAUCAAAAUUAAAAAUCGUUUCAUGCAAAUAAAUUGAAAAAAAAACUUGUUGAAACUGGCAAACGGUAGUGAAUAUUUGACCUUUUUAAGGUGGUAGAUUAACCUCGGAGAGUUGAUUAAUAAAUUAUAGAUAUUAUUGGAAGUUUUUCAUCAUGGCAUGAAAAAACGGCGUGUGUUGAUUUCCAAUGUUUUAAUGACGUUAGAUUCAUUUUUUCUAAAUACAGAUUUUCCGUUGUGUUCUGUAAAAAGUAUCACUUUUACUUAAAGAAUAAAUUAAUUUGCCUUCUUUCUACACAUAAUUCAAAUAAAAAGAAGGAUAGCCGGUUGCUGUGCUAGAAGCACA